AUGAAGUCUCUGAUGGUCCUGGGCUACGCCGCCGCGGCGGCCCUCGCCGGUGUCACGCCCGCCGUCCACUACGAGCGCGAGGCAGACAUCGGUCCCCGCACCCUCUCCUUCCUCGGCUGCGCGGCCCUCAAGCUCGUGCACCCGGCCAAGGUGUUCUACCCGGGCGACGCCGUCUACGAGGCCGAGAACAAGGCCUUCUGGUCCAACACGCAGCUCAUGAACCCCAAGUGCAUCUUCCGCCCCGCCAACGCCGAGGACGUGUCCGCCGGCAUCCUCAACAGCCGUCUGACCCAGACCAAGUUCGCCGUCCGCGGCGGCGCCCACACUGCGAUCAAGGGCUUCAACAGCAUCGACGACGGCGUCCUCAUGGUCCUGUCCAACCUCACGACCCUCGCCGUCUCCUCGGACCGCAAGUCCGUCCAGGUCGGUCCCGGCUACAAGUGGGGUGCCGUCUACAAGUACCUCGAGCAGUACGACGUGGCCGUCGCUGGCGGUCGUCUCGCGCCCGUCGGUGUGCCUGGUCUCCUCCUCGCCGGCGGUGUCAGCUUCUACGGCAACCAGGCCGGCUGGGCCGCCGACAACGUGCUCGACUACGAGGUCGUGCUGUCGAGCGGCCGCGUCGUCAAGGCGUCGGCGUCGGAGAACACGGAUCUCUUCUGGGCCCUCAAGGGCGGCAGCAACAACUUUGGCAUCGUGACCAAGUUCACGCUGCGCACGUUCCCCUCGAAGCGCGUCUUCGCCGGCGCCUACACAGUGGGCGGCGACGACAUUGACGCGUUCCUCCAGGCCAUCGCCAACUACUCGGCCUUCAACACGGACCCGCUGUCGCACAUUGUGCCCAUGGUGGUGCCCUCGGACGCCGAGAACAGCGUGGGCUCGGCGAUUCUCUUCUACGACAGCGAGACGGAGACGCGCCCGGCGUGCUUUGAGCCGUUCUUCGCCAUCCCUGCCAUUGCCAACACGCUCGCGUUCAAGACGGUGGCCGACUUUGCCGUCGAGGUCGGCGGUCUGGUCGUCGACCAGAUCAACGACGUCUUCGUCGCGGGCUCGACCGUGGGCAAGAACUACAACGAGCUCCUCGAGGGCAUCCAGAUCUCGCACGACGUCUUCAUCAGCCAGCUGCCGUCGCUGUACGCGUCCGUGCCGCUCGAGGACCUCGUGCUCGUGUCGAUCAACUGGCAGCCCAUCACGCCGCUGUGGCAGUCGGCGUCGGCGCGCGCCAACCCCGGCGGCAACGCGCUUGGCAUCGACGUUCAGAACAAGGGCACGCUCAUGGCGUGGGCCGAGGUCGUCGAGUGGCGCUCGGCCAAGUACGAGGCCGCCGUCAACAGGUGGGUCGAGAGCACGACCAAGGCCAUCAACGACGCGACCAAGGCGGCCGGUCUCUUCGACGCCUUCAACUACAUGGGCGAGGCUGCCGCGUUCCAGGAGGUCUUCCCCGGCUACGGCGCCGCCAGCGCCAAGAAGCUGCUCGACAUCUCGCGCAAGUACGACCCCAUGCGCGUCUUCCAGAGGCUGCUGCCCGGCGGCUUCAAGAUCGGAUGGUAG